UUUGGCUUGCAUUGUGGAAUCAACAUAUAUAUCCUUUUGGAUUUGGGCAUUUUGCUGUUUCAAUUUAGAUUCAGGAGUUUUGAAUGUGGCUCUCUGUUUUAUUUAAUUUUUAAAGAUAUGUUUGGUAUUUCGUAAAUUACUUUUUCUUUUUGGCCUUGAGCCUUGGGUGAGAAUUGAGUGGACGAGAAAAGUAGAUUCUAGGGCAAAAUUCCCUUGUAACAGCAAAAUUGACUUCUUCUUUUUUUAAUAAUUACGUUUUUGAAUAAAAUGGAGGAGGAAGGUGGGUUAAAUCAUUGGUUAUGGACUCAUACUUUGUUUGUUUUUAUGGUGGACUGAGUCUUAGUGCUUGUUAGUGAUUAGUGAUUAGUUUAUAAUUUCUUCUUCUUCUUCUUCUCCUAUGCCAUACUGUCAUUACUUUGGUCAACCCCUCUUUGUAUCUUCAUCUUCUGUAUACAACAUUCAUGCUGCCAACUCUCCUCAGUGCCACCAGCGGCCCAUUUUGAGCACAAUUAAAGCAUUUCAAGUCCGUCGCACAAGGUAGAAAUCUACGCCAGAUGUCAACGAUGGAGAAUCCAACAAACAUUGUGUGGCAUAAGAGCUCAGUGGAGAAACUUGAUAGGCAACGUUUACUUCAGCAGAAAGGCUGUGUCAUAUGGAUUACUGGUCUUAGUGGUUCAGGAAAAAGCACUGUGGCAUGUGCUUUGAGUCAAGGCUUGCACAUGAGAGGAAAGCUGACCUACAUCCUUGAUGGUGACAAUGUUCGGCAUGGUCUAAAUCGUGAUCUUAGUUUCAAAGCAGAAGAUCGUGCAGAGAACAUACGAAGAAUUGCUGAGGUAGCUAAGCUCUUUGCGGAUGCUGGCAUCAUUUGUAUCGCUAGUUUAAUAUCUCCAUACAGAAAGGACCGAGAUGUCUGCCGUGCAUUAUUUCCUGAAGGAGAUUUUAUUGAGGUGUUCAUGGACGUGCCACUCCAUGUGUGUGAGAAUAGGGACCCGAAGGGCCUUUACAAGCUUGCUCGAGCUGGAAAAAUCAAAGGUUUUACAGGGGUUGAUGAUCCAUACGAGCCACCAUUAAAUUGUGAGAUAGUAUUGCAGCAGAAAGGUAGGGACUGUGUCCUCCCAUGUGAGAUGGCCGAAACCGUGAUAUCAUACUUGGAGGAGAAGGGGUAUCUGCAGGCGUAAUAGAAGACAAGGGCUUCCAGUUCUUCGGCGCCAGGGCUGCUUCUACCUGUAAUAUAACAUCCUGCAAAAAACCCCAUUAAUUUUUCCAGUCAAAAAAUAAAACUAAAGAGUUUGUCCUUCCCUGCAGUUAGGAAAUUGCUCGUUUCCUGCGUACUCCAGUUCCAUCCAUCAAAUUAAUUAAUCGAUCGAUUAAUCAAUUUUGUUUGGUUCGAAAGCUGCCUUGUGCAAUGUGGCUUUCGAGACCACCCAGAUUGCAAUAAAGCAGUGGAACUUGGGAAGGAGUUCAUGCAUUCAUUUGUGUAAUUGUGUAAUGAGAUUUAACAUGUAGAAUAAUUUCUGCAUAGCUGCUGCACUGCUUGCCUGUACUCGCUAAACUUUGCCUGUACUGUGCGUAUAUUUGUUCAUUGAAAUCUCUUAGCAAAA